UUGCGGCGUCGCUGCCAGCGAGGCGUCUGUUUUCGACGUUAUAGACAGCGUUUCUGUAGGCCCAAGCAGUUCGUUCAGUGAUCACUGGGCUUUUGACGCGUGCAGUUCGUUGUUUUAAAAUCGAGUUCAAAAAUAAACCUGAAAAUCUUUCUGCAAAUAUAUCAAAAAUUAUAUAAAGCAAAUUAGAUUCGUCUAUCUGUGGCUUAAUGACAAUUAAUUAUGCAGACGGGGCUCCAUAAUUUAAAUAAUUGAGCAGUUGGAAAUGUGCUCGAGUCAAAAAUUAUGAUAAAUUGUUUGACAUAUGCUUAAAGCCAGUUAUACAGUUGAGGCUUAAAGCCAAAUUGGUAAACUGACGUGUGAUAAACGUGCUCACAAACAGCCAAAUCUGCUGUAUGUAAUAAAUUUACAUAAAAUAAAAACUGCAACAACAACAACGAUGGAGCAGAGCAGCAACAACAACAAUGGUUACCUCAAUCCCGCGUAUGUCGGCUCAUUGAAUGCCUCUACCAUAUCCAUACCUGGUGCCUAUAAGACCCAAGCGGAAGGCCCAGCACCAUUGAAAGACCUCACUAAUGGCAUCAAAGCCAACGAGGCACAGGAGCCGCCCGCUGCAGCGGAUGCGGAGCAGGCCAAGCAACGAGAUGGCUGGAAUAAUGAUAUUGAGUUUCUCAUGUCCUGCAUUGCGCUGAGCGUGGGCCUGGGCAAUGUUUGGCGAUUCCCCUUCAUUGCCCUGGAAAAUGGGGGUGGUGCAUUCCUGAUACCCUACCUCAUUGUGCUCAUACUGGUGGGCAAGCCGGUCUACUAUUUGGAAAUGUUGCUGGGACAGUUUUCGAGUCGAGGCAGCGUCAAGGUGUACGACUUUGUGCCCAUAUUACGAGGCAUCGGCUAUGGCCAGGUGCUGGCCACAGGUAUUGUGACGACCUAUUACGCCACCCUAAUGGCGCUCACGCUGCGCUACUUUGUGGAAUCAUUUUAUCCCACAUUGCCGUGGAGCUAUUGUCGCGAAGAGUGGGGUCCCAGCUGUCUGGAUUCGGCACCACAGCAGGAGAGCGUGGUGGGUGGCAAUCAGUCAACGGUGCGCACCACCUCAGCUGAGUUUUAUUUUACCAACAUCAUUUUGCGUGAGAAGUCAAGCAUUGAUGAUGGCAUCGGUUAUCCCAGCUGGACUUUAUCUUUGACUUUGGCUGUCGCUUGGCUCAUUAUAGCGGGCAUUAUGUUCCGUGGCGUCAAAAGCUCUGGCAAGGCUUCAUACUUCCUUGCACUGUUCCCUUAUGUCGUUAUGCUCAUAUUGCUGGUGCGUGCGCUGACUCUGCCGGGUGCCACUGAUGGUGUCCUUUACUUCCUGAAGCCGCAAUGGCACAAGCUGCUCGAGCCGCAGGUCUGGUAUGCAGCUGUCACCCAGGUGUUCUUCUCGCUAGCCAUUUGCUUUGGCAAUAUAAUCAUGUAUGCCUCCUACAACCGAUUUGGCCAGAACAUAUAUAGAGAUGCCAAUAUUGUGACCACAUUGGACACCUUCACCUCGCUGCUGUCCGGUAUCAUCAUCUUUGGCAUCCUGGGCAAUCUGGCCUAUGAGAACAACACAACUGAUAUAUCGAGUGUGGUCAAUGGCGGGCCGGGCCUGGCUUUCAUAUCCUAUCCGGAUGCUAUAGCAAAGUUCAAAGUGCUGCCGCAGGUGUUCUCGGUGCUGUUCUUCCUCAUGCUCUUUGUCCUGGGCAUUGGCAGCAACGUGGGCAUGGUCUCUUGCCUGACGACCGUGCUGAAGGAACAGUUUACGCAGAUCAAACAGUGGCACAUCGUGGUCUUCAUAUCGAUUGUAGGAUAUCUGUUGGGUCUGCUAUAUAUCACACCCGGUGGACAGUUCAUACUGAAUUUGUUGGACUUCUUUGGUGCCACAUUUGUGGCCCUGGUGUUGGCCAUCUUUGAGCUGCUUGCCAUUGGCUGGGUGUACGGCGUAAAGCGUGUCUGUCGCGAUGUAGAAUUUAUGCUGGGCAUAAAGACGUCCAUCUAUUACCGCAUCUGUUGGGCCGUGAUAACACCGCUGCUAAUGUUCAUCAUACUGGUCUACAUGCUGGCGCUGUAUGAGCCACUAAAGUACAAGGACUACACCUAUCAGUCAGGCGUUUAUGUCUUUGGCUGGUGCUUGAGCGCCUUUGGCGUGGGUCAACUGCUAAUAUGGGCGGUGCCCGCGGUGAGGCGCCAACCCGUAGAGCUGGGUCUUUUGAUGCGCAUACGCAAAGCCUUUGAGCCACUGCCCAAUUGGGGGCCAGCCGACCCCAAGACCCUCAGGCGCUAUCAACUGUAUGUGGAGCAGGCGAAUGUCAGCUCAAUGUUCCAGCGCAACGGUAUCUGGCACAAAAUCUAUGACAAUAUCUUUGGUUAGCAAUAAAAAUCUGCUGUAGGGGAGUUACUCGUUUUAUGUGUGGCAAUCCGCACGACUAUGCGCUCUAUACAUCUUUGUAUAUAUAGCGUAACCCUUUUAUAAUAAAAAUCCUGGCUUAAGUGCCAAAUGUAGUCGCUGCGCCAGUUGGCCUCCAGCGAACCCUCCAACACAGUGGCAUUCAGCUAGAGAUGGGCUAACUCAAAUGGACCAACCACCUGAGCAAUACGAUAA